GCAAAAACUAUAUAUUUAUUUGCAAUGGAAGGGGAAGAGAGCAUAGUGGUGUAUGGAAUGUGGGCAAGUCCUUUCAGUAACAGAGUAGAACUUGCCCUAAAGGUUAAGGGCAUACCCUAUGUCUAUGUGGAAGAAGAUUUGUUGAACAAAAGCCAGAUGCUCCUCAAAUACAAUCCUGUUUACAAAAAGAUUCCUGUUCUUGUCCACAAUGGAAAACCCAUCAUUGAAUCCCUUAUCAUUCUUGAAUACAUUGAAGACACAUGGAGAAAUUCUGGUCCUAAACUACUUCCAGAUGAUCCUCUUCAAAAAGCCCUAGUUCGGAUCUGGGUCGACUUCAUCCAUCAUCAGUUUAAUGAGAACAUGAAAACAUUGGUGAAAACAGAAAGAGAAACACAAAAGAAAGUGUUGGAUAAGAUCCAUGAGCUACUGAAGGUGCUUGAUGAGGGAUUGAAGGGGUUUUACCCAAAUGGCACUACCAAUAUUUGCAAUGAAAAUUUGGGACUUCUAGAUAUUGUUGGGGCUUCAGUAUUUUGCCCUAUCAAAGCUACUGAAGAUUUAUUUGGUCUGAAGAUUAUUGACCCAGAAAAGACCCCAUUGGUAUACUCUUGGGUUGAAUCUCUCAAGGGGCUUUCCCAUGUGAAAGAGACAAUCCCUCCUUACGACAAGCUUCUCCAAAUUGUCUCCUAUUACAAACAGAAAAAUUUGAAUUUUUCUGCAGCUUGAACUUUAAAACUAUAAUUUGGGUGAAAAUGGCUUUUGCACCCUGUUGCUUGAGAGAAUAACGGUUUUGCCA